AUGGACCCAAGCGUCGGCAGCGAAUUGGCCUAUAUUCUCAAAGAGGUCACCUUUGAGUGGGCAGAUAGCUAUGAUGCAAAGGAUUGGAAUAGACUGCGAAAGAUCCUUGCUCCGACCUUGCGGGUCGAUUACAGCGAAGUGACUGGGGAGUCUCUGAAAGUCGUGUCCCGAGACGAGUUCGUCGGCAUAGUGAGUAGCGAGAACUUUGUGGGAGACCCCUUAGUCGAUACGCAGCAUCUGGUCGGGGCUUCUCGUUUCACUCGAGCCUCUGAGGAUGAGGUUCAAGGGUUCCAUCAAAUACGAGCAGCACACCAAAGAUACACGUCGCCUGAUAAGACGCAAGUGGAGGCAAAGGGCCAUGGACACGCAUUGAUCCGGCAUGAUUAUAAGAAAAUCGACGGAAAGUGGCUGUUGGCGGGUUUGAAACCAACAGUACGCUGGAACGAAUAUGAUUUCGAGAAGAUUUUCAAGGGGCACUGA